AGGAGCAACUGUCCUUGUAAUUUAGGCGCGAUAUAAGAAUUUUAUUGUUGCUAUACUUUGAGUUUGGAGUUUUAGAAACCUAAAGGAAACCUUUGUGAGGAGCUCUGAUUCACUUCUCAUAAAACCUAAUCUAUAUAUCAAAAAAUUUUAAGACCAAAAAAACACAGAUAGAUAUGGGUGAUGAAGCAGGAGGAGGUGAAGAGAUGAAGCAAAACUCAAACACUACUAUGUCUACUGAUCCCAAUGAUUAUACCAUAAUCAAAGAAGGGGAAGCUGAGAUUCUUAUGCAUGCCAAUAAUGAAGUCUUUUAUAACAAAACCCAGGUUAAUAACAGAGACUUAUCCAUUGCCGUUUUGAGGACCUUUAUAUCCAAACGCAAGGAAGAACAUGAAGCAAUGCUGAGCAAGAAGAAGAAAAGAGUACCGAAAGUGUCAUCCGGGGAGGCUUCUAAUGGACCCAUACCGCAGGAAAUAACUACACAAAAUGGUGAAAAAUCAAAUGGUAAAUGUGAAGAACAUGUAGAGCCAUCAAAAGAACCAGGAAAUGUUUCAGAGGAACCCAUCAGGGCAACAGAUGGGAAAGGGCGAGAAUUGAAGCCACCCAGAGUGCUUGAGGCUUUAGCUGCUUCUGGGUUAAGAUCUAUCCGAUAUGCACGUGAAGUAGAAGAAAUUGGUCAAGUUGUAGCCUUAGACAAUGAUAAAGCAUCUGUUGAAGCUUGCAGGAGAAACAUAAAAUGCAAUGGUUCAGUGACUACUGCCAAGGUGGAAUCUCAUUUAACCGAUGCUCGUGUUUUUAUGCUCUCCCACCCCAAAGAAUUUGAUGUGGUUGAUCUCGAUCCUUAUGGUUCACCUUCCGUGUUCUUGGAUUCUGCUGUUCAAUCUGUUGCUGAUGGAGGCAUAUUAAUGUGCACAGCAACUGAUAUGGCAGUGCUUUGUGGAGGCAAUGGGGAGGUCUGCUAUUCGAAAUAUGGUUCAUAUCCAUUGCGAGGAAAAUAUUGUCAUGAGAUGGCGCUGAGAAUUGUCCUAGCCUGCAUUGAGAGCCAUGCAAAUCGCUACAAGCGCUACAUAGUUCCUGUUCUCUCCGUUCAGAUGGAUUUCUACGUCAGAGUCUUUGUGCGAAUAUUCACUUCUGCAAGUGAGAUGAAGAACACCCCUCUAAAGCUUUCUCAUGUAUAUCAGUGUGUUGGCUGUGAUUCUUUCCACCUUCAAUCUCUUGCAAGGACUGUUUCCAAGAACAACAGCGUCAGAUAUUUACCAGGGUUUGGUCCAGUGGUGCCUCAAGAAUGCACCGACUGUGGAAAGAAGUUCAACAUGGGUGGACCUAUUUGGUCUGCCCCCAUCCAUGAUCAAGAAUGGGUGACAUCCAUUUUAGAAAAUGUUCAAUCUCUUAAGGAAAGAUAUCCUGCUUAUGAUCGGAUCUCGGCUGUAUUAACAACUGUAUCAGAGGAGUUACCUGAUGUGCCUCUCUUCUUGAGUCUGCACAACCUCUGUGGAACUCUAAAAUGCACUUCACCUUCAGCAGUUAUGUUCCGAUCUGCAGUACUCAAUGCAGGAUAUCGCAUCUCAGGGACGCAUGUGAAUCCUUUGGGGCUGAAAUCAGAUGCUCCCAUGGAUGUAAUAUGGGAUAUUAUGCGUUGCUGGGUCAAGAGUCAUCCGGUGAAAGCUCAACCAGCAGAUCAGUCCGGGACUGUGAUUCUGGCUAAGGAACCAACUUUGCAGGCCAAUUUUGCACGAGCAGUUGCUUCCCUCAGUAAAGCACAGGCAAAGAAGGUUGCACGUUUCCUUCCUAAUCCUGAAAGGCAUUGGGGACCUAAGCUCAGAGCAGGUCGUACGAUUACAAGCAAGCACGUUUCACUACUGGGGCCCAAAGCUCUUAACGGGUCUAAUAAGGAUGAAGAAGGGUCUAACGGUAAUCAAGAAGGAACAGGAGAAGAGGAGCCUGAGUUGAAGCGUCAGAAGACAGAGGAUCCUACUAUCCCAAUGUCAGAAUCAUAACGAGCAUGUUGAGUUCACAAUUGAAUUUUAUUUAUGUAUUUCUUAAAGCUGGUUCAGUUACCCGGCCAUGUUUGCUUCGAAACCAUUGGUUUUAGUUGAUUUGAUCAAGUAGAAACUAGUUUGAAUUCGUAAUCCAAGAAAAUUAGUGCAAAAUGCCAUGUAAUAUUAAAAUUUUCCCUUCCCUGCAAGGGUAUCUUCUUUCAAAAAUAAAAAUAGAAAAAAUUAUAU